AUGUGUGAUCCAGAGGUUUCGAUUCUCGUGCUGGGCGCUGGAGGGCUUGGCUGCGAGAUUCUUAAGAAUUUGGCCCUUCAAGGUAUCCCCACAAUUCACGUCGUAGACAUGGAUACCAUCGAACUAACUAAUUUGAAUCGUCAGUUUCUGUUCCGUGAGAACGACAUUGGCAAGCCCAAGGCCGAUGUGGCAGCCCAGUACAUCAAUGACAGACAUUUGACCGGGUUCGGUGGCCGUCCGAUACGUGUCACACCACAUUUUCAAGAUUUGACGCUUUUCAGCGACACAUUUCUGGAACAAUUUACACUGGUUAUAUCUGGACUGGACUCCAUAGAGGCUCGGAGAGCAAUCAAUUCACGGCUGGUCCGCAUUACUUUCGAGUCUAAGUUUCAAAAGUGUAUUCCGCUGGUUGACGGCGGCAGCGAUGGCUUCAAGGGCCACUGCAAAGUGAUUAUCCCAGGGUUCGCUGCAUGCUAUGAAUGCUCGCUAGCUACCUUGCCGGCUGAGACAGAGUCUUAUCCACUUUGCACAGUAGCGAAUAACCCCAGAUUGCCGGAGCACGUGAUAGAGUAUCUGCUAUCUGUGCAAUGGGCUGAAGCACACCCCGGCCAAGAUUUUGACUAUGCCGAUGGUGCGAGUUUCCAAUGGCUUAUGAGCAAUUCGCUCGAGCGGGCUGAGCGUUUCAACAUAGACGCUUCCAAGCUCACCCCACAGUUUGUACUGGGCGUUGUGAAAAAUAUCGUUCCCAGUGUUGCCAGCACAAAUGCAAUUAUCGCCGCUCAAUGUUGCAAUGAAGCGUCGAAAUUACUAUACAACGAAUACGACGUUGAAAGAUCCAAAAACUUUCUGGUUUACAAUGGAGAGGAUGGAUGCUUUGCCCACAGUUUUGUGCACGAAAGGUUACCUACGUGUUUGGUAUGUCAAGAGCCGUCUUAA